AUGACGCGUAAAUUACCGUGGAAAAGGGCCGAAAUAGGCUCGAGAAGCACUCCAAGAUCACCAACGUCGACUCCUAUUAGGCAGCAAAAAGUAAAGCGUGAGAAUAUUGAAGAUGACGAUAAGCAAGCUACAGCUUCACCUACUGCCGCUAAAAGCUACAUGAUCGAGGGUCUUGAUAAUGAUGACUUAUAUCGCAUGGUAGAGGAUGAGUUUUUAUCAACGGCUCAGCAGUUCACCGCUCACUUGCAUGCUGCUGAAUAUCACCGUCUAAAAGCAGCAUCUAAGUCGCAAAACGCGGAUACCAUUAGGGACAUCUCGAGACCAGUCGUUGGGCGGAUGACCGACCUAGUCAAGCAGAAGCAAGAACGAAAGGCUCGUCUCGAGAAGCAGAAAGCAGCAACUAGAAAGGCAAGAGCUGACAGAAAUCGAAAUGAUGACUCUACCGCGAGUGAAAGUGACUUGUGGCGUUCCGCGUCUUUGCACGGACUCAUGGAAAGCCCAAGAAAGAAAGCAGCUCGCCUUGAUAAGUUGACCAAGGUGGCGACUACAACUCGUGCUGCUGCUGACCUCACUAGCAGUAGACCUAUACAUCAUUCGACGUCGAAACAGAAUAGUGAAACAGAAAGUGACGACGACGAAGAUCUAGACGGCCCUUCUACUAAGAUGCCUACGAACUCGGUUAAGAAACUUCCACCAUCUACGUCUCAACCCCCAAAGCCAAGGCAAGUCCCAAGUACUACAAGUAACAACCACCCCCUACGCCGUUCGGAGAAAAUCCACCCCAUCAUCCAGCAACCAGGAUCCAAGGCCACAGCCACUACAGAAGCCUCCGAGGAAGAGAAGGAUGACGGCAGCGGAGACUUCUUAAGCCGCCUCAAGCAACGUCAAGAAGACCGCAAGCGCAACCGAGAUCAAAGAAAACAAGCAGCGUCAAGCAAAGCACAGUCAACAACAGAUGAUAUCAUUCCAGGCUUUCUCUAA